AUGAGUUUUUUUCAGUUACUGCACAUUUUAUUAUAUCAAAUUUUGAGCUAAAAGAAGUUACUUUGGCAAUUAAACAUCUCCCAUAUCCUCAUUCUGUUGGAAAAGAAAUAUUGUUAGCCAAAGUUUUAAUUGCAAGAGCAAAAAGACUAAUUAGUUUUUUUACUUGUCCUAAACAAAAUGAGAGAUUAAUUAAUGUUCAAAAACAAUAUGCCGAUGCUUUUGAUGAAUUACAAAUUGAAGAUGAUGCAAAAGAUGAUGAACCAAAGCUUGAUAUUCUUGUUGCUUUGCUUUUGGAUCUACGUUGGAAAAAUAUGUUAUUUACAACUGAAUUAAAAAAAAAUGAAGCAAUUAAUGAAUUGUGCCACUUAUAUAAAGAAGAAAAUUCCAAACAUAAAACAACAAACUUAUCUGAAAGAGAGUUCUCACAAAAAAGAUUAAGGACAAAAUUAUAUGAUAAAAGUUUGUUCAAUUCUUAUAGUUCUGACAUUAAUGAAGUCGAUAGAUAUUUGAUAUUACAAGAAAUCUCUAAAGAUCAAAAUGCUCUAAUAUGA